UCCGGCAGCGACGGAAGGGCUUCCGGCAGGACCGGGACGCGCCUGCGGGUCUCCGGGUUUCGUGUUGUGCUUCAGGGCGAGCCGGCCCCGGAGGCGUGUGAUCGGUCGGAGUUCUCGGUGUCGGCUACGGUAACCUCUUCAGCCCGCCAAGAUGGCGAUGCAAGCGGCCAAGAGGGCGAACAUUCGCCUUCCACCUGAAGUAAAUCGGAUUUUGUACAUAAGAAAUCUGCCCUACAAAAUCACAGCUGAAGAAAUGUAUGAUAUAUUUGGGAAAUAUGGACCCAUCCGUCAAAUCAGAGUGGGGAACACACCCGAGACGAGAGGAACAGCUUAUGUGGUCUAUGAAGACAUCUUUGAUGCCAAGAAUGCCUGUGAUCACCUGUCAGGGUUCAAUGUUUGCAACAGAUACCUGGUGGUUUUGUAUUACAAUGCCAACAGGGCAUUUCAGAAGAUGGACACAAAAAAGAAGGAGGAACAGCUAAAGCUCCUCAAGGAAAAAUACGGCAUCAACACCGAUCCACCAAAGUGAAGGCUGCAGCCUACAUUUUCAUUUUGGACUAAAACCCACAAAUGUGCCCACCACUUUUUUUUUCUUUUUAAUUAAUACUUAAUAUUGCAAUUCUAAUUUGACAUUUAAAAUAGCCUGCUUAAAACUUGCAUGCUUGGAUGUAUGUUGGAAUCUAUUGUAUUAAUAAACUUGUAGCUUUUGUAAAACAUA